AUGGCACCCCCCCUCAUCUUCAUCACCGGCUCCACAGGCUUCAUAGGUUCCCACACAGCAAACGCAGCACUCGCAGCCGGCUACAAAGUACGACUAAGCAUCCGACAUCCAGAAGUCGAACACGAGAUCCGGAAAUGGAUCACCGGGCCCCAAGAACACGUCGAUAUCGCUCACAUUCCUGACUUGACCAAACCGGAAGCUCUCAGAGGUAUCCUGGAAGAUGUAGACUUUAUCUUUCACCUAGCUAGUCCCAUGCCAGGCAAAGGCGAAAAUGUCCAAAGUGAUUAUAUCGAUCCCGCCGUCUCUGGAACAUUGACGAUCUUAAAAGAGGCAGCACGUUCCGAGAGAGUCAAAUUCGUGAUUGUGGUAUCUUCGAUCCUCGCGUUGAUUCCACUGGGUGGGAUGAGCAAGCCUCCAGUCUAUCCCAAAGCCAACACCAACGAACGUCUCCCCGUAGAUCUAGGCCAAGUCUUCCCAUCAGGCUCAGCGGGCUACGGCAUGAAAUACUCAGCCUCCAAAAUCCUCGCGCACCAAGCAACUCGAGAUUUCCUCUCGCGAUCAAAACCAAAUUUCAAACUCGUUACUUUCCACCCGGCAUUUGUUCUCGGAGAUAGUUUGAUCCAGAAGCAUGCCAAAGAUAUUGAUGGCAUGAACGCCAUGUUCUGGAAAUCCCUCUCGGCAUCACAACCUAUGAUUCCGAGUGCUUUUGUGCACGUGAGGGAUGUUGCCGAAGCGCAUGUGAAAGCCUUGGAGAAUUAUCAGGUUCUUGAGAAUGGUACUGAAUAUAUCUUGUCGGCUCCGGUGUUUGGGUGGGAUAAGGCGGCUAAAGUGGUGAGGGAGCGGUAUCCUCAGAUUGAGGUUUCGUUGGAGAAAGGUCCGUUUCCGCUGGAUGACUGGCGGAUUGAUGCUUCACGUGCAGAAAAAGACCUGGGGAUGAAAUGGAGGUCUGGACAGGCCAUAAUUGGCGAUCUUGUUGAUCAACAGCUUGCGUUGAAGGAGCAGUCGAAUUCGUAA